UUUUAUAACUCCGUCGUUUUGAGCAGUAUUAGUAUUAAAACCCUGUUCAAAAUAACGUAAAUUGCCCAAAUUAACGCUCCUUAAUUAUGGCCGAGGUAACGAACAGUCAGGCGCAAAUCAGACAUGAUUGGUACCAAACGGAGACCGCCGUCGUUAUUACUGUGUUGGUUAAGAACGUGCAAGAAGAAAAUCUACAAAUUAAAUACGAAGAUAAACAUGUAACUGUUGAUGUUAAAACAGCUGAGCUGGAAAAUGGACAUGUUGCCUUUAAUUUGUCCCAUCAGAUUGUUCCAGAACAAUGUGGAUGCAAAAUUACACCUUCUAAAAUUGAAAUUAAGUUGAAAAAAUUAGAGGGAAUCAGAUGGGAAAAACUUGAAGGAGAAGUUGAUAAGCAGCUCAAAACAAUACCACAAGCAAAUGUUCCAUCAGAUAAGCCUUUAAUGUAUCCAACGUCCAAAGGCAAAGACUGGAAUGCAAUAGAAAAAGACAUAGUGAAAAAAGAAACUGAAGAAAAACCAGAAGGAGAGGAGGCUUUAAACAAAUUGUUCCAGGAGAUUUAUGGGAAAGGAAGUGAUGAAGUUAAAAAAGCAAUGAACAAAAGCUUUAUGGAAAGUGGCGGAACUGUUUUGAGCACAAAUUGGAAUGAAAUAGGAAAGGAAAGGGUGAAAGUGCAGCCACCUGAUGGAAUGGAGUUUAAGAAGUGGAAUAAUUAAGGAAUCUUUAUAUUUUAGGUAUUUUCAUAUGCAGCAAAUUAAUUUGUACAAUUUACAUACAAUCAAUUAAUUUGAUCAUUGAUAAA